AUAUUCAUUCAGAUUGUAUUUAUUCCUGUUAAGAGACCUUCCGAGCUAACUACCCGCCUUGCUCAUCUCACACUUCAACCGUACAUAAUUUUGCAUUGUACGAAACUCUGUGUUCAUAACAGAUUCAUGUGUUGUACGUUAACAACUGUCUAUACAUUACCAGUCAAUUAUAUGUGUGAUGAAACCUAAAUUAUUCAAUAAUAUUAUUGUUUAGGCCGUACACAUUCUUUGUAUGUUCAUGUACAUCAUACAUGAGCUUGUUGUACAAAAAUAAACUGAUAAAUUGCCUGAAAUCCAGUUGUACAUUUACCAUAGUUAUAAAUAUUACAGAUGCAAUGGAGAAUGGAAAAUCCCAGUCUCAAAUCCUUGAUCAGAAACCACAGUCUCAAAUCCUUGAUCAGAAACCACAGUCCCAAAUCAUUGAUCAGAAACCCCGGUCCAAAAUCCUCGACCAGAAACCACAGUCACAGAUUUUUGACCAAAAUUUCUAUAUUAGUAACGAUUCCAAAAACAACAAUGGACCUUCCUUAGAUAGUCCAUCAAGCAAUAAUAAAGGACAAAACAAAAAUAAUCUAAUAAAUAAUACAAACCACAGACAUUGUUUCACCUCCAAUGGACAUAGUUAUAGUUCUAAAUCUUACAAUGGUAUGCAGUCAAUCAAAAGACGUCCUGAAAGACAGUCCAGUUUAGAUGAACGUUACCUGGUGACGACGGACCUGGACUUCAAACAGAAAAAGGAAUUAAAAACAAUUAAUAGACUGAAGGUUGGGGGUCAACAAAAACUUCUCAGAAAAUGCGCAACAGAUGAAAAUUCGUUGGUUUCUCGUUCAAGGAAUACCCUGGACACGUCUAAACUUUCAAUAGUGUUGAUAUCUCUGGUUGACCAGCUUGCUGCAGCUUAUGAACAUGAUGAACAACGGCGGAAACUGUUCACUAAAGAGAUUUGUGAGUCCUUGGUUCAAAUGGAGUUGGUGGAGCCAACCUUUCUCCUGGAGGAGAUGGAGGGGCUCAGGGCUCAGUACAGUCUAGCAUUCUAUAGGUUAGUUGGUAUGGCUAGAGCAGGUUUACCAGCAGCUAGGACUACUAGACUACCUGCCCUACCUGGACCAGAUCAUUAUCUAGCGAUAUCCAGCUCAAAACCUGAAAAUAUCUAUCAGUUCUCUAGAUAUAAACAAGAGUUUGUGGAAGAAGAACUGAUAGGGGGAGGAGGAUUCGGCGUAGUUUACAGGGCUAAGAAUAAGCUAGAUCAUGGUGUCUAUGCUGUUAAGAAGGUAUUUGUGAAGAUCUGCAAGGAAAGCACAAUCCUCAAAAUCCUACGAGAGGUCACAGUACUAGCGAAGGUAAAUCAUCCGAAUAUAGUUGGAUACAAGAAUGCCUGGUUAGAACCAUUUGUCGGAGAAUACUCAGGUUCUAGUGAUGAAACUCAGUCCUACACUUCUCCGUCCUGUCUAAUCUCGUCCUCAACCUCAAGCUCGGAACAGGUUCCAAUCUCUAAAAAACCCGCGACCUCCAGCAUUUUACCUAAACCUCCCCAGGAGGAGUCCAGCAUGUCAAUCCAGUUCUGUGAUUCUGAAACUGGAUCCAGGUCCUACAAUGCCAACUACACCGUAAGCUUUAGAUCUUCAGAGUCCUCCAUGGAUACCAAGGAGAGGGUGGUCUGGAAUAAGGAGUGGGAGGCCCUGGAGGAGGAAUUAGAUUGUGAAAACUCAGAUUUCGGUGACAAUCUCGGUAACAUGAGAAAUGAUUUCAACUUUAAAGAUGAUCCUAUCAGAAGUAGGGGGGAUUCAGAAAACAUUAAUUUUAUCUCUAAUCAGCACAAGAAAGUGACACUAGUCGAAACAAUCGUAGAGAUGACAGGUACUCCACCAGAAUGGGAUUCAGAAAUAGAGCGGGUCAUUGGUAAACCUCAAACUCCAAUUUCUAAAUCUACCCUUCAUCAUACAAAUCCGGGAACAGACCAUAAGAAAACCCGCGGAAAGUUCUGGGUCGGAGAUCAGUCUAGUCAGGACGAAAACUCUUCGUCUGUCGUCUUCCUUCCAUCUGGUCCAGGUUCAAGGAGGGAGUUGGUGGAGUAUUCACCUAACAACUCUGCUCCCAAACUAGAAAGAGCAAUCCUUUUCAUACAGAUGGAAGUUUGUACCAUCACACUUAGGGUCUGGUUAGAUGAGAGAAAUGAUAAAUGGAGUGAAGGCUCAUCCCUGAACAUAGAUGAGUGUUACAAGGUUUUCCAUCAAAUACUAAACGCUACAGCUUAUCUUCACUCAAAAGGAAUACUGCACCGAGAUAUCAAACCAAGAAAUAUAUUUCUCAACAAUGCAUUAGAGGUCAAACUAGGGGAUUUUGGGCUAGCCAAGGAUGUUUUGUUGCCAACUAGCAAGGAAAAAGAGGAAUGGGAUGUAGAUCAAGGGAAUGUUCCCGAAACACCAUCAGAGAUUAAAGACGCCAGUUUUCUUCCUAAACAUAUUCACACAGCUCAUACAUCAGGUGUUGGAACACAGCUCUAUGCAUCUCCAGAACAGCUAAAAACUUCACAGGUUUCCACAAGCAGUGACAUGUACAGCCUUGGGAUUGUACUCUUUGAACUUUUUCAUCCGUUCUGCACUGAUAUGGAGAGGGUACGAACCCUGACAAGUCUACGGGAGAGAAGGUUGGAGAAUACUAGACUGGAAGAUGAUAUUCUUCAAACUGUUCUACAGCUCACACAUCCUGAACCUGAUAGACGACCCACAGCAGAGAUGUUGCUUCAGGGUUUAUUCAGUAAACCAGAAGUAGAGAAGAUGGAGCGAAAUAAAUUAGAAGAAGAGAAUUUAAAACUUAAAGAGAUUGUUAAACUGCAAGAUCAACGGCUUCAAGAGAAGGAUAAGUUGCUGGAGACCCAGGAAGCUGAAAUACUUCAGUUAAGAGAGAAGCUUUUGCAGCUCCAGGCUAGCUGAUUCAACGCAAAGCUACAAAUUAGCUCUGGCGUCUUAGAGAUAAUUGAUGUGGAAGCUUCCGAGAAGCUGAAAGUGAGCUAAGAGAGCUUGACGAAAACUGAUAAGCAGCUUUGAUCUCGGAACGCUUUCAGAAAAAUCUGACACGCUGAUAUUGUAGCUUCAGAAAAGCUUAAAUUGAAAUCGGAAAUUACUUAUACAGCAGCUUAUAUAGAAGCUUCCAUUUAUCUGAAAGAGCUCAAUUAAACAAGUUCUGAAUAGUAGGAUUUAAUCUUUUUUUUCACUUGAAAUGAAAGAAAUCAAUGCCUAAAUGUGUAAAGAAAGUACGGGAUAACAAAAUUUAAUCAAAUAAUUCCCAUCUUCUCAUUUUUCAUUUUGAAUAUUUGUUUUGAAAAUCCUAUUCAGUAGAAGAGGUUAAAGUCUGUACUAGCCAAUCCUUGACAUUUGUCGGGCAUUUAUGAAAUUAAAUUUAUAUCUUUUAAAGCGGUUCAUGUUCUUCAUUGAAAAUAUUUAAACUGUAGACCUGAAAUAAUUGUCAG